AAGGAAAUGCGAAAACAGUAGGUUGCGAUAUUUUGUAAUGUUUUGGAAAUAAAAAUAAAAUCACCUUCCAAUAGUAUUAUUGUUCAACACAUAAAUAAGUUUUACUUUGCCAUGAGAUCUUAAAUUUAUUAGUUUACGCCAUGUCUAAUUCUUCGACGAGCAAAAACCAUAAUAAGAAAUCUAACAGUAGCCGUGACCGUGAUAGAAACAAGUCAGUAGCCUCUGAAUCUGGAGGCUCCAGUCAGUGUGAUACGCCUCCUCUCAAUGAAAAAGAUGCUGGAACAUCGCAAGGCCGUUAUGCUGGAAUUGGUGCAGAUUCCAUACUCUGUAUGGCUGAUCAGGUGGCUGCAGAAGUUAAUGCAGAAGCAGCCACCAAUCUUGCUGAAGAUGUUAGCUAUAAAUUACGACAGACCAUUAGUACAAUUGCUUUACAUAGUGAAAUGAUGAAGAAAUCUCGUGUUGACUGCUGGGAUGUUAAUUCUGUAUUGAUGCUCUCCGAUACAAGUCCCAUUGUUGGCACAUGUCCCUCACAGUAUACUCCUGUUGGAGAUGAAAAAAUAUGCUGUCAAGUUGAAACUUUAAUUAAUGUGACUGAAUGUGCUCUAACACCCCAGAGCUAUAUAUACUCAACCCUGCCCACCGUUUCUGUAGAAUGGAUCACUGAUGAGAAAAGUCUAAAUAACAGUAAUAAUAUAAGUGUAAGCUUACAGAAUUAUUACACAAAAGUCGCCAGAGCAAUACUAAACCUUAGAAGGAAACCCAAAGAAAUUGCAGUAGAAGACCUAACAACAAAUACCAGAAUCGGUCCAAUUUUCCCUAAUCUUUUCAACUUAGCUGUACUGGUUCUGAAUGAUGACAACCUGAAUGCUCUUAAUGUGCCUGCAAAGAAACCGUUGCAGUCCAAUGUAUUAGAUAUGGUUGAUGCACUAUGUUCGAAUCCUUGCAGUUUGGACACCAAUAUCCAGCAACAGUUCCAGCGAUUAUUUCCAGUGAUGGUCUCAAAUAUUUUAGGUAACGGCUCAUUGGCCGAGAAGAUGGUUGCAAUACUCACUAAAAUUACACGUACCUGGCCUUCUUUUAUAGCGAUAGGUAAGAGUAUACUUUUCGAUUACCUCGCUCAGGGGACGAAAGAAAGAUUAACAGCUCCAAUGAUAAAGUGCGUUAUGGCUUUAGGAAGAAGGGCGCUUAUUGAGUGUUUAGAUGACCACUUGGAACAUUUAGAUGAAUGUAUACAGGCAUCUAGAAGGAAUCAUCUACAACCAGAUUUAAGGGAGACGCUUUUGGACGCAUCAAGUUGCCUACUCAGAUCUGAACCUACUACAUAUUUAGAGGACUACGUGACUGCAGAUUACACUCUGUAUGAAAUGCUCGGAGAUUCGAUAAUGCCUCGACGGAUUUUAUUCCCUUUUACAAAACCCAUCACAAAUAAUGACGCAAACACCGAAAAAAUAUCCGAAGAAGAAUCUUAUACAUUAAUGAGGCCGGUGACGCGGCGUUCUAAAAUCCGCAUAGUUCACACCAACCCACCAAUCAGGAACAGUUUACAUCGCGAGUGCGUCUUUGAAUCGACAAGAUUAAACAUUAAUAAGUGUAUUAGAAUCAAAAUUAAAAACUGUAGAUCAAUAGAUGUACCCAAGCGGGUACAUUCAGUGUUCGAUAGGACUCAAACAAGUUUCGUGUGUACUCGUCCGAGUACAGUGGUAGCGGCCAGUGGUUUACUGAACAGAUUUAGGUACAGACACAAGAGAUAUAACGACGCUUUUCCAGUAUACGGAGCUUUAACAUUGUAAUUAGGCAUAAGUGAAAUAUACAUAAUUUAUUUUUU